AUGUCACAGAGCAAUAGACAGGAGGGUGAGGAAAAAACCUGUCUGCUGUUUGACCAAAUAGGGCUUCAGGACUCACCAGACAGAGCUUUGACCUGGAAAAAGACCCCCCAAAGUAUUAAUCUUUGUUUCUGUGUUCCUAGGGUGGUCAAGUUUCGCCGCACUGGGGAAAGUUCGAGGUCAGAUGAGGAUGUCAUUUCAGGAGAACAUGAAGUCCAGAUUGAGGGUGUUCGGACAGAGCUAGAGCCUGUUGAGCUAGAGGAUGGAGCUGCAGUGCCGAAAGAAUUUGCCAACCCAACUGAUGAUACUUUCAUGGUGGAAGAUGCGGUGGAAGCCAUUGGAUUUGGAAAGUUCCAGUGGAAGCUGUCUGUUAUUACUGGAUUAGCAUGGAUGGCAGAUGCUAUGGAAAUGAUGAUUUUAAGUAUCCUAGCUCCUCAGCUUCAUUGUGAGUGGCGAUUACCAAGCUGGCAGGUUGCAUUGCUCACAUCGGUGGUGUUUGUGGGAAUGAUGUCCAGCUCCACCCUCUGGGGAAACAUUUCAGACCAGUAUGGGAGAAAAACAGGCCUAAAGAUCAGCGUGUUGUGGACGCUCUAUUAUGGGAUCCUCAGUGGUUUUGCACCAGUGUACAGCUGGAUCUUGGUGCUGCGGGGCCUGGUGGGCUUUGGGAUUGGAGGAGUGCCUCAGUCGGUAACCUUAUAUGCUGAAUUCCUUCCAAUGAAAGCCAGAGCAAAAUGCAUUUUAUUAAUAGAGGUCUUUUGGGCCAUUGGGACUGUGUUUGAAGUCCUCCUAGCAGUGUUGGUGAUGCCCACUCUUGGCUGGCGGUGGCUUCUCAUUCUUUCUGCCCUCCCACUUCUGCUCUUCGCUGUCCUAUGUUUUUGGUUGCCAGAAAGUGCCAGGUAUGAUGUAUUAUCUGGAAAUCAAGAAAAAGCAAUUGCCACUUUAAAGCGGAUAGCAACUGAAAAUGGAGCUCCAAUGCCUUUGGGAAAAUUAAUUAUUUCCAGACAGGAAGACCGAGGAAAAAUGAGGGACCUUUUUACACCCCAUUUUAGAUGGACCACAUUGUUACUCUGGUUUAUAUGGUUUUCCAAUGCUUUUUCAUAUUAUGGGUUAGUUUUAUUAACUACAGAGUUCUUCCAAGCAGGAGACGUCUGCAGCAUAUCCAGUAGAAGGAAAGAAGUUAAAGCAAAGUGUAGCCUGACCUGUGAGUAUCUGACAGAAGAAGACUACACGGAUCUCCUCUGGACAACCCUGUCAGAAUUCCCUGGUGUGUUAGUGACACUGUGGAUUAUUGAUCGGAUAGGCCGCAAGAAAACCAUGGCCCUGUCCUUUUUUGUCUUCUCAUUUUGCAGUCUUCUGCUGUUUCUCUGCGUUGGAAGAAAUGUUCUUACUGUGCUGCUCUUCAUUGCAAGAGCUUUUAUUUCAGGAGGAUUUCAGGCUGCUUAUGUUUACACUCCUGAGGUUUAUCCCACAGCCACGCGUGCUUUGGGCCUGGGAACGUGCAGUGGAAUGGCUAGAGUGGGAGCCCUCAUAACCCCCUUCAUUGCACAGGUGAUGUUGGAAUCUUCAGUCUAUUUAACUCUGGUGGUUUACAGUGGAUGUUGCCUGCUGGCUGCUGUGGCUUCCUGCUUCCUGCCCAUCGAGACAAAAGGUCGUGGCUUACAGGAGUCCAGCCACAGAGAAUGGGGACAGGAGAUGGUGGGGAGAGGAUCUCAUUCUCCAAGGGUCACCAGGUCAAACUCGGGAUCACAGGAAUGAUGGGACAUGAAAACCUGCUGAAAGAAUGAAUGAUACGAGCAAGAUCUUUCACAAACAAUCCAACCCUGAGCAUAGAAAGCUGACCAUACUGUCACUGCCAAUGUCAUGUGUCAAACCGCAGGAACUUUUGGGUUGAUCCUAAGCAAAUUGUGUCUCUGCUGCUCUUUACUCACACUCAUAAAAACUUUACUUCUGUAUUGAGAGGCAUUUGAUCCAGAUAUCAUUCCAAGUUUAGCAGGAAGGGUUUUUCUUGAGUCUGUUUUGCUUGCAUGGUCAGCUCUUCAGCUUAAAAUGUCCCGUGUCAAGCAAAUAGCUAACUGAAUGCAACUCAGUAUAAGCUGUAAUUAAAAUAAUGUACUCUUGAUGCCUAAAAACAAAAGAUUAAUAUUUAUUGUGUACCUGGCAUAGCACACGGUGGAUUCCAUACACUACAGAAUAGGUUUUUUGAAUUAGAUGCCUGCCUUGCACUUUUUAGCCAUCAACAACAACAAAAUGUGAUAAUGGCAAACCAACCAAUGCUUUCUUGUUCCCUUGCUUAUGGGUUCUGUUCUUUGAGAAUUAACAGGCACUGAUUGCUGGGAAACGGUUUUCUGAAUGUCUCUCCCAUCCGAGACAGGUAGUUUGUGUCAGUGAGGAGUGGUGUUUGUUGCAGAGAUGGAACCUUAUCUAAGAAAUGUAAAUCCUGAUAGUUUGGAGCGGAAUUUGACUUCUCUAACUUUGCCAGAGUCCUUGGGCGCUCUGUCUGUGCCUCGGUGAAGGUCGCUACCGGUGUCUCUUGGUGCGGGGAGAUGCUCGCUGGGGUUUUCUGUGUGGGGCCAGGUCUGUUUCUGCUCAGUUUGCCUCAGUAUGUUCUCACGGUGGUGUAGCCAAGACCUUUGAUAAAAAAUGCCUCAGUCUGAACAGCUGGGUGCAGCGCUGUGUGUGGAGCUGCCUUCAGGGCUCUCCCAGCAGAACCUGGCCCCCCGACAGCUGGGCAGAACUUUUCGAUAGCUGCUGAUUGCACAGUGACUGCGACGUGGAGCCUGGGACAAAGGGAUGAGGCUGGCAUCAUGUCAUAAAGGGACAGAAAUCAUGGGGAGAGCCGAACCACAGUCAUCCUUCGAUGAGGAACUUUGCUCCUUCAGACGUCGCUCCUCGAGGUGGACGAUCCCGCUCCUGUCAGAGAAUGUAGCAGAGUUCAGGUGAGAAGUUUGUCUUGUUUAUCCAAAGCCUGUCACUAUGCAGGAAGUCAGAUUUCAGAGCCUGUGGACGUGCCGCGAGGAAACGCAUCAGGAAGCUGAGACGUGUCUCAUCCACAUCUCAGUUUUAUUUUCAGGAUUCCAGACGAUGGAACACACAACCAAAUGUAGGUGAGAUGGACUAAAUGCUAAUCACGAGGCUGUGGGAAGCAAUACAUUUUUAUAGUAUGUGUGAUCAGUUGUCUCAUGUAAACAUAGGUAACCGUGCAACCUAUUUUUGCACAGUAGAAUAUUUUAAGAAUUCUGGGAGCCAGGCCCCUUUUCUGUGGGGCCAGAAUAGGUCACCGAGUCCGUGUUUGGGCGCGAUACAAAUGGACACGGCGUUCAGCUUUCACGGAGGGUUUUACAGCACUGUAGGGCAGUGUAAUGCUCCAAGACGUGUUUGUCUGUUUGUUUGUAGCACUGAAGGAAAAUUAGAAGGGGAUAAUUCCUUAAAGAAACAGAGGAAACUAAGAGUAAUAAAAAAAAAAAAAAAAGGCCAAAGAGGUUAUUGAUAUUUUGUGAGGGGGAAUCUUCUGCUGAGAAAAGUUCAAGUUUGACAAGGCACCAAAAUGUCUGUCCGUUUGUUUACCACUCGGUGGUGGUGACUGCACUGAAAGACUCCAAGGAGCUUUGGUCUAGACAGGGAAACUUUCCUUUUCCCAGGACCAGGGAAAUGCAGUUCAGCUGGCAGGGGAUCCCACCGCGCCUGUGGCUGGUGGCCCAGAGACUCCCAGUCCGUUCCGGUGGCCGUUGCCCUGUGCUGGUUUGGUUGUCUCUGUCUCUGCUGUCUCUGUCUCCCCUGUGCUCAGCUCCAGCCGAUCCCCAGUAGACAGACAAGGAUCUCCUGGUGUAAAAAAUUUUUCACCUCCUUCUGUCAGGUUGUAGCUGGAUAAUCCUCCCGAGUGCGCUGUGGGCUGCCUCGGAGUAGAGGUGGAUGAGCUUGUUUCCCUUGGGCCGUCCCUCUGAUGGGCGAGAGGUGCCCAGGCCAUCCUGGACAGGUUUAGGUCAGCUCUUACACCACACGUGUGACCAGCGAGCUCGAAAACCCCCGUUGCCUUUGCACAGCGUGGCCCGCUCACCCUUUAGUGACAGUGCUGACUACCAUCAUCUUCUUCCUGCUGGUGAAGGCACUCGAGAGGAAGGCAGCCCACACCUCUCGCCGUGGGGGCUCGCUGUCGGCCGUGUUUGCGCACCCCAGAGGGGAUGGCCUCGAGGACAGUCCCACCGCCUGGGAGCCCCUGUUAGAGGUGAGAAGGAAUACAGGGCAUGUGACGUCCCUGGCCUGAUGGAACGGCGCUUGCAGCUGAGCUGUGAGGUUUGUGUGUCUGUUAUUGAGCGCCUUUAGCUAAAAUUCUGCUUUUCCAGUGCUAAUGUUCACAUAUCGCUUCACUUUUUUGUUCUGAGUCAAUAUUCAACAGGUUUAAAGGACUGUGUUGUGACGGCCUUCAGAGGGUGCGUUCAGAGGGGCUUAGGGGAAGUAUCUAUGUCUCAGAAAUUUGCACAUACGUAUACUUCAGAGAAAAUAUUUCCCAGGUAAAGAUCUAUAGGUAAUGCAAAACCUUUUGAUGCUGUUGAGUUCAGUUUUAACCUGUGACAUUUACAGUAGUUAAAAAAAAAAAAAAAAAAAAAAAAAGAUUGAAAGCAUUUUUGCUUUUUACUUUUUCUGAAUUCUUCAUUGAAAAUGUAUUUAAUGAUAGAAAUGGGUCCUGCUGAGACAUCUUCAUACUCUGGGUCUUUGAUUUGGAGGCAGCGAUGUGCCUAAGGCACCAUCCAAAGCUCACUGAAGUCCGGGAGAAUCUCCCGUGGAUAUUUGUGGGCUUUGGAUCAGCUGAAUAGAGGAGGCCAGGCAGGAUCAAUCCCACCGCUGCCGAAAGCAGCGGGAGCCUCUCGGGCACCGAAGAAACUGAAGUUCAGGUUUUGCAGGUCCGUGUUACUGAUAACGGAAGGACAUUUUAGAUUGUUCACUGGAAAACUGGAAGAACGUUUGGGUUGACACACAAUAGCCUAUAAAUAAUCACAAGUCAUAUUUUGUUAUAUGGCAACACCAUCGAUGUAUAUAAUAAGCUUCCAAAGAUUGUUUUACACACUGGCAAGUAUUUUUCACCGAUAAAGGAAUUAAUAUAGCUCGUUCAUUUAAAACAAUAAAGUGAGAUAAUUUUGAAUUAAAAUCGAGAGCAAACAGAAUUGUGGGAUUCAGAGAUUUUUGCUAACUGUCCAAUAUAUUAAUGUGCAAAGCUGUUGUGGGAAAAAUAAUUCUCCAGGUGUGCUUUGAUGGAAUGAUUUAUUAUUCCUAAAUGCUUGCCGAAAGAACGUUGAAUGUUUUCCUGUGUUUGAAUGUACAGUUUCUAAGCUGGAUACAUUUUAAUGUUUAAAAACUUUGUGUAGAUCAAGCUUGUUGUAAAAUACUCCCUUCGUUCCUAUGUUACCGAUGCAACAUUGGAUAGUUUAAUUCCACACUAGAUAUUUUAUGUUAAACAAAUAAAUAGUUUUUUCAG